GUCAAUAAGCGCUAGAGAAUGUAGAUUCCAAGGUGACGUGGAAACAUAAACCAGCAGUCUUCCUCUGAUCCUUUCUUUUGCUGUUAUGUUGCUAUUCACUUCUUCACAAUGCUUACAAUGCCAUCGCUGCGUCUAAGCGCAAAGUCAAUACAGAUCACAGCAGCUAUUGCGUCGAUAUGGCUCUUCGUCGGCGUUCUUUAUCACUAUCGCGAUGUUUCUUUUUACACCCCGAAUAAUAAUUUCCAGAGCACCUCGAAACCGAGUUCGAAUUCGCGCGGUGUUGAAUCGAUAAAGCUUGGCGCACGAUAUUUUCUCGAUUAUCCAUUGAACGACGAACCGAAGGCGAUUUUUGGAGAACUUGGACAACGGACGGAAUUGUUGCGAUCUUGGAUUGAGGAAUUGGAAGGGCGAGACGACAGUCACGAGACGGCGGAACUUGUUGGACAAAUUUUGGAAAAGCAGUUUCCUUGGCUCAAUUCGAAGCAGGGUGUUUCGCCGCCUCUCGUCGAUAUCUACAAUCGUCUUGGUCUUUCGCACAACAGCAAAAGUGUGAAGUCUGAUAAAGCACUAGCUGGAAUCGUUAUCCCCACGGGCGAAAAAACACUUCGAUUUGCAUGCCAUCUCGUCGCAGCAUUGACGCGCGUCCACAAGACUACCCUCCCCAUUCAAGUUGUAUACGCAGGAGACGAUGAUUUAUCCGCUGCUGGACGGAAAAAGAUCCAACAAGCUGCUGAUGGAGUCAAGAUCGAAAUGCUCGAUGUUCUUACUGUUUUUGACGACAAUACACUAAAGCUCGCUGAUGGCGGCUGGGCGAUAAAACCGUUCGCUGCAUUGGCUAGUCGCUUCGAGCAGGUCAUUCUUCUCGAUGCAGAUGCAGUAUUCUUCCAGGAUCCUCGACAUCUUCUUCUUCAAAAUCGGUUUAAAGAGACUGGUGUACUACUCUUCCAUGAUCGGUUGCUCUGGAAGAAUGGGUUUGCGGAUCGCCAGGAUUGGUGGCAUGAUCAGAUCAAACAUCCCGGUCCAGAGACGGAAAAGUCGCUUGUUUGGACGGAACGAUACUCUGAAGAGGGAGAUUCUGGUAUUGUUGUGGUUGACAAGUCCAGACUUGACGUUCUGCUUGGACUCCUCCAUAUUGGAUGGCAGAAUUCGGAGCGGGUGCGUAAUGAGGUUACGUACAAGAUCACGUAUGGCGAUAAAGAGAGUUGGUGGAUCGGUUUCGAAGCUACAGGAUCCAGAUACUCCUUCUCACCUCAUUACGGCGGCAUUGUCGGGUGGUUAGGUCCAACAAAAGCCGAACUCGACGCCGCAAAGAAGGCAGAAGAGGAGAAGAAACAAGAGGACAACAAGCGCGAUGACAAAGAAGAAGUCCGCGUCUGCAGCUUCGUCAUCGCACACGUUGACCAAAACGAGAAACUUCUCUGGUACAACGGCGGUUUACUUAAGAACAAAGCCGUCAACCAAACAGAAUUCGAAGUUCCGACGCAUUGGAUGAUUGAUCAAAAGUGGCACAAAGGCGGAAGCAAGCAAGCAAUGAGUUGCAUGGUUGGAACGAAAGCGAGUGCAUUGACGAGCGGAGAGAAGGAUGUUUUAGCAAAGUCGAUACAAGUAGCGAAGGACAUGGAUGGAAAGUUACAUUUGGUCUGAUAUGAAAAGACUUGUAUUAUGUAUGUGUAAUAUUAUGAAUGAUAUAGAACGUUGAACAAGGAUUCGAGUGUUUUGUACAAGAACUGGAGACGAGUUGGCGGGUUGAGAGAGCAUCGGAGGUCGGAACCGCGAGAUGAUCGACAUGAAGGAUUGUGGUCCCAUGCAAAUGUGCAACGGAUAAUUCCUGAAACGCGUGUUGACGAUGAAAGACCGUUGAAGAUUCCGGACCCGGUUCAUGUCUUCGGCGCCGUUUCAUAGAGUUCGGAACCGUCUCACGCCACCGCGCGCCGGACAUGUACGAAUGUCCGUAUAGAAGACCGUAAGACCGUUGGAGGAAGAAAUGAGUAUAAAAGGACAAAACACG